CAUAAUUAGAAAGAUGGCCCACGUACAUCAAGAAAGAUGGUAGGAAAGUCCAUGAAGCGAGUUUCGCGGAGCUUUCUUCAUCUUCCAUCUUCUUUUCUUCUGAUCCCUUCUCUCUCACUUUCCCUCCUCUGAACCCAAAAUCUCUCUUUCUCGUUACCCAGAAAUCCUAAUCCAACUUCUCUGCCAUCAAACUCACAAACUGAUUAGCGUUUGUUGACAUUCGAUCCCCACAUUUCUCAGUACUUCUCUCCUAAUAUUACCCCACAAACCACGAUUUCUUUCCCAAACUACCCCCACCAUCCCUCUCUAUCUACCACCCAUGGCUCAAAGCUCCAAUGUGAUACCACCAAGCUUGAAGCGGAAGCGGGAUCCUGAACCCGAGGACCCAAACAGAGAAGUCCAAUCAAACUCAACCACAAGAACCACCUUGUCAUCUUCUCAAUCUGGUUGGGAUUACGACGUCUUCCUAAGUUUUAGAGGUAAAGACAAUCGCAAGAACUUCACUGAUCACCUCUUCUCCGCCUUGAUGGGAGUCGGAAUUCGUAUCUUCAGAGAUGAUGAGGAGCUUCGAAGAGGGGAGAACAUCUCUACCGAACUACUCAAUGCGAUUCGUAGAUCAAGGAUUUCCAUUGUGGUAUUUUCCAAAGGCUAUGCUUCUUCAAGGUGGUGUCUUGAUGAGCUUGUGGAGAUUGUACACUGUAAGAAUACCAUAGGCCACACUCUUCUUCCCAUAUUUUAUCAUGUGGACUCAUCAGAUGUCCGACACCAGACCAGAACUUUUGCAGAAGCCUUUGCUAGGCAUGAAUUGCGAUUUCAGACCGAUAUAGAGAGGGUGCAGAGUUGGAGAGCUGCUCUUACUGAAGCUGCGAAUUGUUCCGGUUGGGAUCUCAAAAGCGUUGCAAAUGGGUAUGAAUCAAGAUUCAUCAAAGAGAUAGUUGAAGAAGUUUUGGGUAAAGUGAACCCCGCUCGCUUGGAUGUUGCUAAAUACCCAAUAGGAAUAAAGGCUCGUGUUGAUGAUAUUAAAGGUUUAUUAAAUCUUGAAACAAGUGAUGUUCGUGUUGUGGGCAUUUACGGAAUGGGUGGUAGUGGUAAAACAACCAUAGUAAAAGCUGUCUACAAUGAAAUAUGCGGGGCAUUUGAAGGAAAGAGCUUUCUUUCAAACCUUAAAGAAAGUUCAGAAAAGCAUGGCUUAGUUCAUUUACAAAACCAACUUCUUUAUGAUAUCUUGAAAACAAAUUUGAAGAUUGACAAUGUUGAUAUGGGAAUCAUAAUGAUUGAGGAAAGGCUUCAUCACAAAAGAGUUCUUGUUAUUCUUGAUGAUGCGGAUGACUUUGAAAACCUACACAUGUUAUUCGAAAAGAAAUGGUUUGGUCUAGGAAGUAGAAUCAUUGUAACAACUAGAAAUGAACAUCUGCUAAGGCAAUUGGGGGUAGAUGAAAAAUAUAAACUAGAAAAACUGAAUCCUUGGGAGUCUCUUCGAUUGUUCAGCUGGCAUGCCUUUAACAUGGCCAAACCGAAAGAAGAUUACUCAAAGCUUUCAAUUGAAGCAGUGGAUUAUGCUGGAGGACUUCCUUUAGCUCUAGUGGUUUUGGGUUCUUUUCUUAAAGAAAGAAGCAUUGUUGAAUGGAAAAGUGAAUUGGAAAAAUUACGAACAACUCCUAAUGAAAAGAUUCAAAAAAUACUUGGAAUAAGUUUUGAUUCACUGGAUAGCUAUACAAAGGAAAUAUUUCUUGAUAUUGCAUGUUUCUUUGUCGGUAUGGACAAAGAAUAUACUAUCAAAAUACUCGAUGGUUGUAAUUUCUUUCCAGAGAGUGGUAUCCCUAUUCUCAUUCAAAGGUCACUUGUGACAAUUGAUUGCCAAAAUAAGUUGAAGAUGCAUAAUCUGAUUCGAGACAUGGGAAGGGAAAUUGUUUGUCAAGAAUCACCAAAAUAUCCAGAAAAACGCAGCAGGUUGUGGUUUCACGGGGAUGUCUUAAAUGUACUACGCAAGCAUACGGGUUCGGAGACGGUGGAAGGCCUCAUCUUAAAUCUUCCUAUAGUUGGAGAUGUAGAUUUGAAAACUGAAGCAUUUAAAAAUAUGACACGCUUGAGAUUACUCCAGAUCAAUGAUGUACAUCUUACUGGAUCCUAUGAACAUCUCUCCAAAGAGCUUAGAUGGCUUUGUUGGCAUAAAUGCCCUAUAGAAUUUCCACCACAUGAUUUUCAUCUAGAGAACCUUGUUAUGCUUGACAUGCAACAUAGUAAAGUCGAACGAGUUUGGGAGACGAACAAAAUAUUCAAAAAGUUGAAGGUUCUUAAUCUUAGCAAUUCCAAAUAUCUCACAAAAUCACCAGAUUUCUCACAAGUCCCACAACUGGAGAUACUAAUACUUGAAGGUUGCACAAGCUUGGUUCAAGUUCAUAAGUCCAUUGGACAUCUCAAAAGACUUGAUUUAUUGAAUUUAAAGAAUUGCACAAAGCUGAAGUACCUUCCAAGAAGUAUUUUUAAGUUAGAAUCUCUUAAAACUCUAGACUUGUCUGGUUGCUCGGCAUUUGAAAAAUUACCGGAGCAACUACAAUCCUCCCUUGGUCUUUCCAUGAUCAAUCUCAAAAUUGCAUCAUUUUUUGGAUGUAGUAGUCUCAUCGAAUUACCAAACUUCUCACAUACCCCACAUUUGGAGCGUCUGGAACUUGAAGGCUGCACAAGCUUGGUUGAGGUUCAUGAGUCCAUUGGACAUCUCAAAAGACUUGCUUUUUUGGAUUUAGAAAGUUGUGAGAAGCUUAGGAAUCUUCCAAAUAGUAUUUCAAACUUAGAAUCUCUUGAAAGUCUCUACUUGACGAACUGCAUUAAUCUUGAAAACUUACCGGAGCAAUUAGGGAAUAUGACUGCUUUAAUAGCUUUGGACGUGAGCUUCACUGCUAUUAAGCAAAUACCAUCCUCCUUUAGGCUUUUGAGGAAUCUCGAAUAUGUAUGUUUUUCUGGAUGUCAAUGUCUAAUCGAAUCACCAGAGUUCUCACAAAGCUUAUGUAUAGAGGAGUUGGAAUUUGACAAUUGUACAAGCUUAGUUAAGAUUCACGAGUCCAUUGGACAUCUAGAAAAACUUAUCAGACUUGAUUUCAGUGGGUGCAAGAAACUCAAAAUAUUGGAUUUAUCACGAAACAAUUUCCGUAACCUACCUAGUUGCAUUAGCCGCCUUCCUAAAUUAGAGGCUUUGAAUUUGAAUAAGUGUACUACUCUUCAAUCAAUUUCAAUUCCAAGUGUAAUAUGUUUGGAAGCAAAGGGCUGCACAUCAUUGGAAAGAGUCUCAGUUCUAACGAAUGAAGGAUCUUCUGCCCUUGAUUAUCUCCACGACUGUAGUGAAAUGAAGGCGGGGCGCUUCGCAUAUAUUGAACUUGGUAACUGCCACAAACUGGUUGAGAUUAAUUUGGAGAGUUUGCUACGUAUACCAGGUUCUCUUAUAAUGGGAAGCUGCAACAAUCUAUCAUCUGAUUUAAGGGAGAGUGCUUUCCUGUAUCUUCUCAAGACGAUGUUCGAGAUAGAUUCUUUCGUUUUCCUCCCCGGAAGUGAGAUUCCAAAUUGGAUUAGCCAUCAGACAAUCGGUUCUUCAAUAUCCUUUCGUGCCCCUCGGUCAUUGAAUGGUGAAAUCGGCAAGUUGCUUUUCUGCAUUGUUUUGGCAGUAAACAAGGAAGCACCCAGAGACAUAUUAGCUCAAGGGCGUAAGUUGUCUGGGAGUUGGGUGAUUCGUAAUAAAAGUUCGAGAGACCAGUCCAACAACUGGGCUCAGGUGUCAUUUGUUUCUCUUAAACCAGAUUUUUAUAACUUUGAAGAUCAUAUACUUGCACUAAAGGCAUCUAACCGAUUUCACCGUGACUUUGCGCGGAUAAAAAAAAGACUUCAGAUAAAAAGUGGAGAUGAAAUAGAGUUCGCCGUCAGUCUACAUGUGUUUGGCAAAGUACCUGUUGGCUUAUCAGUCAGUGAAAUUGAUUCGCCAAUUAUGGAAGUGAAGAGGUGUGGAAUCCAUCUGUACCGGAAUCUGAGAAAUUCUAGAUAAUUGUACACAGUUCCACCCCAAAUAUAUGACAGAGUUGCCGCGGAUAAAAAAGCAAAUUGGUAAAAUGCAUGAGAAACCGUUUCCUGCUAUCACUGAACUUCCCUCACUCACAGUCACAGAAGCCUAAUCCGAGUCUCCAGCAUCAAACCCAGAAACAGAGCGCUGAACCCAUUUUCCAUUGGCUUCUCUGGCGUGGUUGAGCACCAAAGCCACCGAUCAGUACUCGGGCCUAGGGCCCACGAUGCCAGAGGUGAAGCCGACGGUGGUGGUGGUGGGCUCCGGGUGGGCCUCUUGCAGGUUCAUGAAGGGCCUCGACACCAAGCUCUACGACCUGGUGUGGCGUCUCCUCGGAACCACAUGGUGUUCACGCCCCUCCUGGCCUCCACCUGCGUGGGCCACGUGUAAGCGCUAUAAUAAGUUAUAGAAUUCCUUUGAUGAUCGCCUCAAGCACUAUAUAUGCUACUAAACAGUUGACAAAAGUAAGAGGUGCAUGAUUAAUAGGAAGAACUUGUUUGUCUAUGUCUUAAAAAUGUUGCUGUGGAUCGAUUAUGUAUUGCAUAUUCUCAAAUUGAAAGUUUUAGUCUGAUCUUUGUUGUGGAAGAUAAAUUAAGUUGUUGUUUGUAAAAGGUAAAAUCCAGAAGGAACCAUUUUUCUCUCAAAGGAAAUUGGGCCUUCUCCUAAGGAUAUGUGAGGCACCUCUCACUAGCAACAUUUGGGAUGUUGAACAACGGACAUUGCAAUUAUUAACCCCCAACCACCGCCUCCCCCAAAUUUUAGUUAUGGAUCUAUAUAUUCAUUUUUCAUUUAAUAGUUUCUCUCUGUCAGGAUUUGUGGGAUUGUCAAUUAAGGAUGUUAAAAGCUCAGAAGUUAAUUCUUAAUGAUGGCACUAAGGUUCCAUAUGGGCUGUUAGUGUGGUCUAUGGGUGUUGGCCCCUCUCCUCUUGUUAACUUUUUGGAACUUCCAAAAUCUCCAGGUGGAAGUUUUCAAGGUUGCAGAGCAGCAAGAAAAAUAUAUAUCUUAUCUAUUAAAUAGGAUUGGUAAAGCUGGUGGAGGUCAUGCCAAUGCUGCAAAUGGCAUGGAACUGGGAGAUCGAUCCAUUUGUUUACAAGCAUCUAGGAAGCGUGACAAGCAUUGGCAGAUACAAGGCUCUAGUAGAUAUCUUUGGCAGAGGAAGAUUUGUCAGUUGGUUUAUUUGGCGCUCAGCAUAUCUGGAGGAACAGAUUUGUGUGGCAAUCAACCUUCGUGUUUGGUCGUGAUAUUAGCAGAAUCUAGAUUGUGGAAUUAAAGGUCAGCACUCAUGGCACGUUUCCACAUACACAUCUUCAUGGUGUGAGUCCAUUUGAAUUCGAAGAUGAUACAUAUAAAAUCAUGGACGUUAUCCACUGAUAUGGGCAUGUGAAAGACUAUAUCCACUUUACUUUUGAUUGAGGUGCUUAGGAAAGAUAGAGUUUGCCUCCCCAAGGAAAUCCUUCUGCAUCUAUAUUGUUUGUUAGGAGUGCUUGUGGGAACCUUUUUAGUCUGCACACUUGAUCUACUACUACCACCAUCACCACUCCCCCUGGCCCCCCAACUGCCUCAGCCGAGAACAAGAAAGGUAACUCUUCUGUUGCUCCUAUUUUGAUAAUAUUACUCCAAAGGGAAAAUUUAUUGGAUUUAGGCGGAGACUGACCAUCCUUAGACCAAACUUAAACCAGCUGCAAUCAAUCUUGUAGGGCCUGUUGAUUAGAUAUUCUUGAUAUCUAUUGAGGAUUUGAACCAUUCAGUGAACCGUCCUUGGACGAUUUCUUCAUAUCAAGAAGUUAUGAUGCAACAACACACUUUGAGAACUAUCACGGAUCAUGGAUGUACUCAACAUGUAAAUAUACCAUCAUAACUGGAAAGGUUCGUUACCUCAGUGUGGAUUUAAGUGCUGUCAAUUCUGCAGAAGAAUGAGGAGUGAGGAAACCCACUUUUGGUGCUUGAGCCGAUAAUUAUGCGGUUGUUCCAAGUUCCUAGAGUCGUAUUUGAAUAAUGACAAUUUGAUUCCCGUGCUACAUCAUAUUGAUGCCUAUCUUUUUCUUAUCUAUUUUAAAUUAAUAAAUAAAAUUAUGUCGAAUGAUGAUAAGAUGUGAAAUUACAUUUCUAAUAAACAAGAGUCCUAUUUCAUUGUA